AUGGCGAGCAUGAUUGCUCGUGCCGCACAGCGGAGGGCUGCAAUAGCCAGGGGCCUCCAGCCGCGCUAUCUGUCGUCUUCAUUGUACAGACGUGCGCCAGACUCGGGAGAUUCAACACCACCGAAACCACCUCCUUCCAUUGAUGACUCCACUUCUGCUCUGGAUUACAAGAGGAGGACGACGCUGCAGCAUCGUCCUCCCCCUUUGCCUACUAUGGACCUUCGCUCGCGGUCUGCAGAGGAAGCGGUGACUAAUAUCCUCUACAACACUCCUCCCCCCAGUCUGCAGCCCUUCAAAAAGCAUGUCCUGAACUGCCUUGUCCAGAACGAGCCAGGAGUGUUAUCUCGCGUCUCAGGUAUCUUAGCCGGACGAGGUUUCAACAUCGACUCACUUGUCGUCUGUCGCACCGAAAUCCGUGAUUUGAGUCGCAUGUGCGUUGUCUUGAGAGGACAGGAUGGAGUGGUUGAGCAGGCUCGCAGACAGCUGGAAGAUCUCGUCCCAGUAUGGGCGGUGCUUGACUAUACGGAUACGCACUGCAUCGAGCGCGAGCUUCUCCUUGUGAAGGUGUCUGUCCUUGGCCCAGAGUAUAUUGAAGACCAGCUCCUUGGUGGGCCUUCUCAUGAGCCUCGCCGGAGUACGGCAACCCCUAGCGAGGAACUUCCCAGCGCACCACAAGACGCGACGAAACUCGAGCGCGAGAUGGCGCUUGCACAGAACUUUGAACGCGGUGCUCAUCCCGAGAGUGAGACGCAUGCUCCUCCGCCAUUGACACCAACACAGGCGCUACACCUGCGGAGCGGCAACCUCAGCGCAGUGUCCACACUCACGACACAAUUCGGAGGCAAGAUUGUUGACGUUAGCGAGAAUAGUGUGAUUGUAGAGCUGUGCGGCAAGACUAAGAGGGUGGAGGCAUUCCUUGCGCUACUAAAGCCGUUCGGUGUCCUAGAGGCCGCUCGCACCGGUCUGAUGGUGAUGCCCCGCACGCCAAUUGCCCGAACACCGGACGAGAGCGAUGACGCGGAAGAUGGUGCUGGUGUAGAUGCUAGCAUGCUUCCGCCAGGCUAA